GCCAGAGGACCAAAAGAAGAAACGUGGGAAAGAAGCCUGCAUCUUUGGUUCUGAUGAACCCUCGUAAACAGGAUGAAACCGCUCAGCAACUUCAUCAUGUGUCUACGCUGCUUGAUUAACUGAUGAAUGAGCCUGUACAGUCAGAUCAUCUUUAAACAUGUCUGACAACAUAAGUCCACAAACCUUGUCAGAGGCCAUGGCAGAGACACAGUUGACAGUGGAGCAAGGUGACAAGCACAUUGGGCAGAGUAAUGUUCUUCAAUCGCCUACGAAACAGACAUUCAAGUCAGCUCCAAAUGGCACUAUUGCCGUUAUACCAGACUCAGGGGACAAGUUCUCCAGCUCCUCUCAUCAGUCCCUUUCAGAGGAAGGAACAAAGAUCGCUGGUCAAAAGGCUGAUGCUAAAAAAACUAAAAGCAAGAGAAAUAUGGCAACUUUGGACAAGAAUGCUGAAGACCAGAUUGUGAACCAGAAUAGGCAACCCGACCUACAAGACCAGGACUCUGCGCAAACUACUGCUGUUGUUAAGGAUAUCUGUUUUGGUUCUCAAAAGACCGAGACCAUAGGUUCCAGUGUUGACCCACCGGAAGUGGAGCCUAUGGAGAUUGAGCAGUCUUCACCAACUAGUCCAGAUUUUAAGAUGGAACCAAAGGACAACACAAUAAUUGGAUCUGAGACGGAGGGCGGAGGUGCCAGUGGGGACCGACACUCCGAGCCUAUGGAGGUUGAGCAGUCUGCCCAUGGGAAAGAAGAUUCCUCCCUUUCACCAACUAGUCCAGAUUUUAAGAGGGACAACACAAGUGAUGCCUCUGAAAGUCCGGCUGAAAGCACAGCCAUGGUUGGAUCAGAGACAGGCAGCAUCCCCUCCAGUGUUAGCCUACAGGAGGAUGCCAUGGAGGUCGACCAGUCUGACCAAAGGAAAGGAGACACGAAAAGUGAUAACUCUGGAACUAUGGAAGAAAAGUAUCCUUGUCCACCUCCAAAAAGGACAGCCACAGGGAAUUCACAGGUGUCGGCUAAAGAGAGACUUAAAAUAUAUUUCCACGCAAUCCUCUCAAAGGACUUCAAUCUUGACCAGAAUGAGGAUCGCCUUUUCAUAUGGGCAGGGGAGGAAACGGGGAGCUGGGAAUCCAAUGCAGUUGAGCUAACCGUGACAAAGGAACUGGGAGUACAUGGAUUCUUAGUCGAAGGAAUCCUGGUCACUGACCAAGCUGUGUCCAUACCAUACCAAUAUCUUGUCUACAGUUCCAAAAAGGCAACGUAUGAGUAUGAGUACAGUGAUUCUACACAUCCCCCCAGAAGAAGAAGUCUUUCUGUAAAGACCAAACUACUCGAUGAGGAAGGGGCUUGGCAUCAGUAUGAUGACAUUAUCUGUGCCUCGCCAUCCAAGGAUGUGUCCAAAAGAAUAAUCCAAGGCAGAGAAAUCGCAGGGAAGAUAAUGCUUCAGACUAUUUUUGAACUCCUUCACAGCUGGAAUGACAUUCAACUCAACUGUUUCAUGAAACGACUGAUUCAAUUUGAACAGAUUUACAGGAAACCGUCAUUGUAUGCAGGCACCAACAAGAAUAUGAAAAAACAAGAAACAAAUAAAGAUGUUCAAAAGCUGCUGAAACAGUUCAUUCUGGAGAGUGUGCUUCCUCAGCUGGUGAAGAAGGGAGAGGGAAAGAGUCCCACUAUUCAGGACCAAAUGAAGGCCGCUGUGAUCGUACUGUAUAUGUGUAAACAUUAUGAGAUCCCACUAGACAAAGCAGAAAUUGCUGGUCUAUGCUUUGCUCUCUGCCUGCCCAACCUGCCUAAAGACGAGUUCCUGCAGUAUUGGACAGAUUUUACACAACCCGUCGUACUUCUCAAAAAAACAAUGUUGAAUCUCAUUAAAGCCAAUGGACAUCUAGUGGAGAUGGACAGACUAGCGAGCCGAUCCUGGAUGUGUCUACUGACCGUAGACGAUCUGGCAGAGUUCAGCUCCAUCGUCAGAGUUGAGCUCCUGGACAUGCUUGUUGUUUUUACCGUGAAGGCUCCUGUGAGUGUAUCCAGCAGCAACAACAGGAUUGGUUAUGAUUCACAGAUGUGGAAUAGCAUCAUCUCUCUCAGUUUUGUAAAUGUGGAUUUCACCAAGAAAUGGAGACAAACUUUCUGUACGGAUUUAGAGGGCAAACUUAAACAGAUCUCCUCUCUGGAUCAAAUAGAGAUAUACUGCUCCAAGAUGGAGGAACUGGAUAACUGUCAUCCUAAUGUGACUUGUAGUAUUGAGAAAUGUGCUCUUGAAGCUGUCCCCUCGUUGUGCCAGAGUAAAUCAGAGGGGAAACUCUUUGAGAGGUUUCAGAUUAACAGGAAGUUUGGGAAACUCAUCACAGCCAUAAUCCAGAAAACCUGGCCAAGUGAUAACCAUGGAAACAAGGACGAGGUGGUCUUCCAACACCUCAUGACUUGGACUGCAGCCAAGAAUAUAUUUGAACUACAUGAUGCUGAUGACAAGCUGAUCGAGCAACUCUCUAAAGAGGCCACGGUCAAAAUUACUGAAGCAAUCUCAUCCUUCAAAGUCAUUUGUAACCGGCUGAUCGACGGAAGCAUCAAGAUCAAACUGCUCAACGACAUCUUAGGAAAGACAGAUACUUUCACAGAGCUGAUGGCGAUAGAUUGUCUAUCUUUGAAUGAGAAGUGCAAGAGCCGUGCCUCCGUGGAGACGCUCCUCAAUCUGAGGUCUGAGGAGGCUAGAGCUGUCAGCCAUGAGAAGGAGCUGGUGGACAUCUUGCUCACCAUGAGCCGCAAACUAAACGAACACAUCACAGUUCAUUUUGGGGACAUGGAAGAGAGACAACUGACCAACAUUGAGGACAUGACCUUGGACCAGUUCAUGAAGGUUCACCCGUUUGACCAGCCCUCCUCUGGAAUGCAUGGUGUGGUUACGUACUUUGAUCUUGAUCAGAGCAUGCGAGAGAUGGCAGAUGUUUGGCACAUGUUUGGAGACAGCCACAUAUUCAAGAUGUUGUGGGAGAAACAGACCAAAGACUUUGCUUCUGAAUUUGAUUCCUUGGUAACACCAAAGGAGGUAACCAAUGGUAUUUUUAGACCUUGCUACACUAAAUACAAGAAGAACUACGAAGGCCUGAAGAAUGGCAGUCUCAAGCUUAAAAAGGUUGAUAUCCUCUUCAAUGACUACAAGGGCAAAUAUGAAAAGCUGGCAAUGGAUUUGGACAUUAUGUGCAGACUUAACAAGUCAGAUAACAAACACUGGAUCAAGGAAAGGGUCCAGCAGAUUGAGCAGUACCAUGGCCUUCACUUGGCUGUGAAGUCUGCUCAAGUUAUUAUGAAGGUCAAGGAGACCCUAAAUCUUCAAGGCGACUUCAAGGCCCUACAGACACUGCUAGACAUUAUGAGUACAGAUUUGAAUGAAGAGCACCUUGAUCGGAUUGACAAUGACCUAAUGCAGGCCAAGACAGAUCUGGUGGACGUCACAGAGCCUCGCAGACUAUGCCUCUUGGAACUUGGCCACGCAAAAGAUUUUGUCAUCUGGGUUAAAGAGGCCCUGAAAGAUAUCAAUGAGCUGAAAGUGUUUGUUGACCUGGCCUCCAUCUCUGCCGGGGAGAAUGAUCUUGAUGUGGACCGUGUGGCCUGUUUCCACGACGCCGUUCACGGAUACUCCUCACUGCUCUUCGAACUGAAGCAAGAUUCUGGUUUUCAGACCGUUAAAGAGGUGAUGAAGAAGCUCUGGAGAACAUUGGAUAAUGAUUCCAACCUCCCAAAAAAGCUGCAUGACACAGCACGACACUUGGAGUGGUUGAAAACUGUGAAGGAUUUCCACGGGUCUGUGGAGCUGUCCUCCAUCUCCUUAGCAACCGCCAUCAACAAAAAGGGCAUCUACACCAUCAGUGCACAGAACCAAAAGAAGUUGAGUCUUGAGACUGCCCUGAAGUUACACAUCUCUGAGGAACAUGGUGAGGAACAGGAGAUGCGUUCCUACUCACUGGAGGACCUGAGGGAGCUGCAGAACAAACUGAUGCUCAUGUCUGGCAAAGGGGACCAGUCUGAGGUGAACCACUUUUCAGAGGUUUUCGCCAGUGUCCAGAGAUUGGCUGUGGCAUUCAUUGCCCUGUUUACAGCUGGGAACCCCCUGUUCCGAAACUGGAAAGCCAACAUCAACUGUAGUUCACUCAGUGAGGAGGCUGACAUUAUCAUGGACUUUAACCUGGGCAGUGUUGUCAGUCUGAUUACGGUGGAGGGCAACAUCGUGGAUCAGCUUCCGGAGCUGUGCAGGAAGCUGGAGAAAUGUCUGAAGUACUGGAAUGACUUUAUGGACAAACAGAGAUCCCACCAUUACUACCUGAACUACUACAAUGCAGAGCAGAUAGUCUACCUGUGCAGUAAGCUGACUCAGCAAAAUGAUUUUGAAGACCAAGUUCUCAUGAUGCUGUCGUUCGUCAAACCCAACUGCACAGCCUCUGAUCUGAGACAGUCCCUCCAUGCACUGCAAAGUGAGAUCCUCACCGUACAAUCAGAGCAAAAUGAGGAAAUUGAAUUUCAUACCUUUGUUGAAGUGUCAAGCAGCAGAGAGAGAAGUCCAGAUUUUAUGGUGAAGUUGAGUGCUCUAUCCGAUAACCUGCCGAGUCUCAUCGAACAAGAAAUUGGCUCAGGAAAAGUUCAUCUGAUUUGGAAUGCUUACAUGAGAGACAUGAAGAACUUUCUUCCAGACACUCUUGAUGUCAGAAGCUUCGGACGAUUUUUAGAAAUAUUGGCCAACAAAAAGGAAUAUAAAUAUUUGCCAAAAAAAUGGAACGACAAACCUAUUCAAAGGGAUCUGCACAAGGGCCUAGCUAUUGGGAGCCCAAACCUUAUUGUUUGCCCUCACGACGAGAUCCUGGCAUCUUGCAUCUCCGUUUACAUGAGUAGUGAAUGUCAGCCAUUGCCUACGUAUGAUGAGGUGCUACUGUGUAACUCUACCACACCUUUUGAGCAAGUGGAGCUGUUCCUCAGACGCUGCCUCACCCCAGGCUACAGAGGACAGAAGAUCUACACCAUGCUCUACGGGGAUCAGCUGAGUUAUGAAGUGAGCUCCAAAACGGAGAGAUUUUUCAAGAGUAUCGCAAUGCAGUGCCGGAAAGACUACAGGCUUGUGAUCAUCUGCAGUUUGGAUCGAGAGCACACCUACCUUCCCUCAGCCUUCAGCCAGUACAGGUUACACAUGGUGCCCCAGGAACCCUUGGUCAUGAUUCAGCGUUACCUGAGCAGACACUAUACAGUCCCAGCAGAUCAGACCAGUGCUGCUGCUGUGUUCAAAGACCGACAGUUUGUUGGAGUUGUGUCGUCUGAAAGAGCAGGAGUUGGUAAAUCCCUUUAUAUCAAGAGGCUAUUUGAAAAACUGAAGGACAUCUUCAUGAAGGCUACAGCGCUGAAAUGCAUUCGCUUGAUCAAGCCAACGGUUGAUGAAAAUGUAAUUCUUCAGUCUCUUCUCAACAACCCUGGGAAGAAAGAGCUGACCAUCUUCCAUUUUGAUGUCACAUCUACGAUACAGAAGGGUCUGGAUGAAUGUCUGUUUAAACUGCUGGUCCUGGGCUAUUUGAUGGAUUCUGAGGGAAGGAUGUGGAAAUGCAGCAACAAGCAGUUGUAUGUGAUUGAGAUUCUACAGUCUACCGUAAACCAGCACAGAAAUGAACCAACACUGAAAGCACCUGUCAACUUUACCUUCCCGGCUGUGUUCCCAAACGUCUUCUGCCGCCCACCCAAUGAGAUUCUAGAGCUGGAAAUGAGGAUGCAACACGAUCCCUCCAUUACGAAGCCUGAAGACCCACUUAUGGAUGACCAAGAGUUCAAGAGUGACGCUUACCAACGACCAUACCAAUAUCUGACACGAUCUCAUAAUCACAUCAACUUGGACAGUUUUAUGUACAGUGGAGUUGAAGGGAGCCAUGUCAAAUGUCUCCAGUUGCUCCUUCUGUACUGUGGAAUUAAGGACCCCUCGUGGGCGGAGUUGAGGAAUUUCACAUGGUUCCUUAACCUUCAGCUGCGAGAUUGUGAGACGUCCGUCUUCUGCGAUGCCUCUAUCACCGGGGACACUCUUCAGGGAUUCAAGAACUUUGUGGUGGACUUCAUGAUUCUGAUGGCCAAAGAUUUCGCUACUCCUUCACUCAGCAUCUCUGACCAGAGCCCUGGGAAGCAGCAGAUAACCGGAAUACGAGAAGAAGACUUGGCACCCUUCCGGAUCAGAAAGAGAUGGGAGUCAGAACCACAUCCUUACAUCUUCUUCAAUGAUGACCACAUGUCAAUGACCUUCAUCGGCUUUCACCUUCGGCCCAAUAAAGAAAACUGGGUAGACGCCAUUGAUCCAUCCACAGGGAGUGUGAUCAAAAGAAACAUCAUGACCAAAAAACUGUUUGACGGCCUGACGCUACAGAGAGUCCCUUUCAACAUUGAUUUCGAUGAACUGUCGAGACGGGAUAAAAUCGAAUGCAUUUGCAAUGUUAUGGGAAUCCGGCAGCAUCUUGAUCCUGAUGAAACAUAUGAGCUUACGACUGACAAUAUAUUGAAGAUGCUGGCAAUUCUCAUGCGGUUCAGGUGCAGCAUCCCUGUAGUGAUCAUGGGGGAGACGGGGUGUGGGAAAACGAGGCUCAUCAACUUCCUCUGUGAACUACAGAAGAGAGCCGUGACCACUCAGAAUAUGAAGCUAGUCAAAGUGCACGGAGGAACUAGCUCAGACAUGAUCUACAGCAAUGUCAGAGAAGCAGAAGCCAUUGCUUAUCGCAACAAACAAAGCUACGGCUUUGAUUCUGUUCUCUUCUUUGAUGAAGCCAACACAACAGACGCCCUCAGCAGUAUUAAGGAGGUCAUAUGUGAUCAUACUGUAGAAGGAGAACCUUUGCAAUCCCAAUGUGGCUUGCAAAUCAUUGCUGCAUGCAACCCUUACAGAAAACACACAGAUGAGAUGAUUCACAGAUUGGAGUCAGCUGGCCUAGGAUACAGAGUACGAGCUGAAGAGACAGAUGAAAAGCUGGGGUCCAUCCCUCUCCGCCAGUUGGUGUACCGAGUCCAGGCCUUGCCCCCCAGCAUGAUCCCUCUGGUGUGGGACUUCGGACAGCUCAAUGAUCACACUGAAAAUAUGUACAUCAAGAAAAUUGUCAAGAGGGUGGUUCAGACCAACAUGAUCAAUGUGACAUAUGCAAGUUGGAUCACAAAUGUCCUGUCGGCUUCACAGAGGUACAUGCGGAAAAGGAAAGAUGAAUGUAGCUUUGUAAGUCUCAGGGAUGUGGAGCGUUGCAUGCAAGCUUUUGUCUGGUUUUACAAAAACCAUAAGAUGCUACUUGCUGCUCUGUGGGAGUUUGAGAGAAAUCAAAAUGCGGAGAGGCGUGAAAAAAUCCGAAGAGAUCCAGUCUUGUGGUCUCUGGUGAUGGCAGUGGGCGUGUGUUACCACGCCUGCUUGGAAAACAAAGAAGAGUACAGACAAAAUAUCUGCAAGUAUCUCACUGGAAUAUACACCCCAUUGAAGGUGAUGCAGGAAAUCUCACUCAUGCAGGAUCUUUUCCUGAGUGGAGUGCCGCUGGGGGAAACAAUUGCACGAAACAAUGCUCUGAAAGAGAACGUCUUCAUGAUUGUCAUCUGCAUUGAGCUAAGAAUCCCUCUCUUCUUGGUAGGGAAACCUGGGAGUUCUAAAUCGCUGUCUAAAACCUUGGUGGCAGACGCCAUGCAGGGUCAAGCUGCACACUCUGACCUCUACAAAAGGCUGAAGCAGAUUCACCUGGUGUCCUUCCAGUGCAGCCCUCACUCCACACCAGCCGGCAUCAUCAACACGUUCAAGCAAUGUGCUCGUUUCCAGGAGGGAAAGAACCUGAAGGAAUACAUAUCUGUGGUGGUGCUGGAUGAAAUUGGAUUGGCUGAGGACUCUCCCAAAAUGCCCCUGAAAACCCUCCAUCCUCUGCUAGAAGAGGGAUGCAUUGAUGAUGAGCCAUUACCACACAAGAAGGUUGGAUUCAUUGCCAUUUCCAACUGGGCUUUGGACCCCGCGAAGAUGAACAGAGGGAUCUUUGUUUCACGCGGUGACCCUGACGAGAAGGAGCUGAUUGAGAGUGCGAAAGGCAUAUGCUCGUCUGACACAAUGAUUUUGGAGAAAGUCAGAGAUUUCUUUCAACCCUUUGCUAGGGCCUUCCUGAACAUCAGUCCAGAAAAAGGCAAAGGUUUCUUUGGUUUACGUGACUACUACAGCUUAAUCAAGAUGCUUUUCGCAAUUACCAAGUCCUCAGAGCAGAUCCCUAGUGCAGAGAAGAUUGUGGAGGCGGUACUGAGGAACUUCAGUGGAAGAGAUGAUGUGGACGCGGUCACAGUCUUCACCGAAACACUUAAGAUCAAUCCAAAUCUGGAGAGGAUCAGUGCCAUUGAGCUUGUGAGACAAAACCUCUCAGCUCAGGAGGAAGACUGCCGCUAUUUGCUGCUACUGACCAAAAACUACGCCGCUUUACAGAUCCUCCAGCAGACCUUUUUCUCAGAGAGCUGCCAGCCUGAGAUUAUCUUUGGGUCCAGCUUCCCCAAGGACCAAGAGUACACCCAGAUCUGCCGCAACAUCAACCGAAUCAAGAUCUGCAUGGAAACCGGUCGAACCGUUGUGCUCCUGAACUUGCAGAACCUCUACGAAAGUCUCUACGAUGCUCUCAACCAAUACUACGUCUGCUUAGGGGGACAAAAGUACGUUGACCUGGGACUGGGAACCCAUCGUGUCAAAUGUAGAGUUCACAAAGACUUCAGGCUCAUUGUCAUUGAGGAUAAAGAAGUGGUCUACAACCAGUUUCCAAUCCCUCUCAUCAACAGGCUUGAGAAACAUUACCUGGAUAUCCAUACUGUCCUCAGUAAAGAACAAAGGGAAAUUGUUGCGGACUUGGAGAGAUGGGUUGGGCAGUUUGUAGAUCUUCGACAAAGCUCACCUGCACCACAGACCUACAGGUACCAACCUCCUGAUGUUUUCAUUGGCUUCCAUGCGGACACGUGUGCCUCGGUGGUUCGUCAAGUGACAGAGAAACCGAGGGGAGACAUGGACAUCCCAGACCAACAAAGAAGAGUACUAGAUGAGGCCAAACUCAUCCUGGUGAACUGUGCCACUCCAGACUCUGUGGCUCGGCUGGACUGCACAGGACUCUCUAAAGUGGAGAUCGACCAUCUGACCAGGUUCUACUAUGAAGAGCGAAAGCACAGCUCUUUGGCUGACUUUGUCUGUCACACACAACAGGUUGAGCAGAGCGCUUCCUGCUUCAUAGAGGUGACGACAUUUUCCAGACUGUUGACAGAAUCGGAUAUUGGACCUCUGAAGGAGGUGGUGCACAAUGUAGAGCUCCUGUCACUACAGCAGUUUGACACAGAGCUCUCUUUCCGCAAGAAGAUCAGGUUGACUUAUUUUCAAUAUGCAUCUAACAACAAACUCCUCAUUAUUCAGUCAGAUUUGGAUGAAGCAUCCCACAAUGCAAGUGUCAUAGCAUCUGCAAAGUACUCUGCCAUAAAUGAAAUCAACAAAUCAAAACAUGAGGAGAUUGAAGGCAAGGUGUUUGUCUACUUCAUUACCAAACUGUUAAGAUUGGACAGUGGCACUUCCUUUGUUGGAUUUCAUGGAGGCCCCUGGACGUCCGUUCACAUUGAUGACCUCAGAAGAUCCAAAGAUAUUGUGUCAGACAUCAGAGUCUUGCGGAACCUUGCCAUCUGUCAACUGUUUGAGGAAAAGCAGGAUCAGCCUCAAGGUUUGGAUGACAUAUAUACUGGGACAGAUAAACAUGACAUGGAAUUUGAAGGCCAAACCCAGGGCUGGAAGGAUGUCCUGGACACCACACUGUUGCUGCGUAGCUGUGUGCAGAGCGCAGUGGGCAUGCUCAGAGACGAGAUGGAGGGUGGGUUCCGUAACACCAGGAGAGUGGAGAUCCUGCUGACUCUCCUGACCGACAACGAAGAACAACAAGCUGGAUUUCUGAGCAUUCUUAAGAGACGUCUCCACUCCUUACUGGAAACUCGGGAAAAACACACUAACUUAACAAAAAACUGGGUCAUUAGUGAAGCUUCCAACAUUGAUGCCUUGCAUGAGGGAGGGACAUUUAGACAAACCCUAUGGAAACGAGUUCAGGCGGUGGUCAUUCCACUUUUGGCACAACUGGUCUCUGUCAUUGACCGUGAUGGUAAUCUAGACCUCCUGCUGGACACCAACUCUGAAGAGCCAAUUAAAAAGUUGUGGUUAGACAUCUUUGGGGACGAUAAACUACUUGAUGUUCCCUUUCCCUAUUCUAGUGUGGACAACAAUGCUACGUCCAAGACCUUCCUGGUCCAGAAUAACAUCCCAAUAGACAAGAAUAUCAGCUGCAUCAUGCCAUUCAGCUGGAGGAUCAAGGACUACCUGAAUGAGCUCUGGAUUUAUGCUCUUCAACAUGAAGGCCAAAGUCAGAGGCAGUUGGAGGAGUUUUUUGGGAAGACUCCUCUGGGCCGCUACAUUGCGAUAGCGGACAAUGAGAUCCAGACAGAGCUUUUCCACAGAUACCUGCAGGAUUUCAUUACCAUGACCAUGAAUGUGACUUGUGAAGAGGACCUACAGCUCCUUUGUGGCGCCUUGACCUGUUGUGUGAACGAGCUGCGACUAGGUCAUGAUGCUAUGUGUACGGAGGUGGCCUCUCUGCCUUGGGUCCAUGCCGCCUACAACCAGUUUAAGAAUCGCCUACAGAACUUGUCCAGAAUGAUCAGCAUCCCCCGAGUGGGUCAGGGCCUCCUGGCGAACACACACAUCAGAGAGGGGAUGGAGCUGGUCCUGGACGUGUAUGCAGCCUUGGCCUGUGUGGAACACCUGGAGCCCCAGGCUCUGGACUCAGAUGCCCAGCGGCUACACUGGCUCAGGCAGGUCAAGAGACUCCAGGUGCCCAUAGAGCUGGUCUGCUCUGAGGAGAGUCGUAGACACUAUGGGGAGAGAAGCAAGGCCAUGGUCUGCAGAGUCCAGAGCAGAUGGAAUCGUAUCUUUGUCCUGUCUCUAUUUGUGGAGCACUUGUUGCUGGGCGUCGAGAAAGUGGACAAGAGGCUGAAACCUUUCGUUUUGGCAUCCGUACGACGGAUGUGUAACGUACUGGAGAGGGAUGCAGACGUUAAAAUGAAGCAGGCGUUUGAGGAAGUGCUCAAUAUACUUAAGGCCUGCAGAGAAGAAGCAGUUGAAAACAGAUGGAAUGCCAAGCGGUUCAAGAAGAAGUGCAGUGCUUUCUUCAUUGACCUGGUCUCUACGGUGUGCUUCAAGGACAACUCUCCGCCCUGUACGGCCAUCAUCCUCCACCUGUUGUCCUUCCUCACAGUGGAGGCUCAAUCUAGUCCUAUCAUCAGAGGACCUUUUCGCAGACCAACCAAAACAAUCUCUCCCUUUGGUGUUGAUGUGGACAAAAGUCCAGUGGUUUGGUCAGUAGUGCUGAAACUCCUGCUCAAGUACAGCUUUGAUGAUGUCAAAGGCCACCUGCAGCAGCAUCUGACACAAGUUGAGAAGAGUGAUAUCUUGGAGGAAUCAAGAAAAACUGAACUUUAUUCCUUAUACAUAAACUGCAUGGAGGACUCCAUGCAUGAGAAGAUGCAGUGUUGCACAACGGUGGAGCAGCAGGAGUGUCUACAGAAUGAGAGCGCCUUCCUGAGUGACUUCCUGCGCUCAGGCGCUGCAUCUAGACAGAUGGCCACUAUAGAGUGCUUCCAGCAGGUGGCCAGGAUACGCAUGUGUCUGGAUAUGGCUGGGAAUCUGUUGGUAGACAAACAGUUGGGUGCCACAGAGAGAGAAUUCCUGACCAGCGUGGGAGAACUGUGUCAGCGCAGUGGGAAUGACUGGUAUCGGGUCUACCUGAUCCGUAAGAUCUGCAACCAGCACGGAGUGGAGUAUGUCCAACACUUCCUGACAGUAGCAGACAUGCAGUGGCUGUUCCCACACGAGGUCCUGCAGAAGAAUCAAGAUGGCAGCCAGAUUGACCAGUAUCUUGUGUGUGGAGAGGACUACAAGACUAUCCGAGAUGUGGUCGGCAAAGCAAUACUGGAGGGCAAAAUUAAGGAAAUAGAUCGUGCUUGUAAGGGUUCUUCGUGUCCAAAAAAUAAGAGGACAAUGUACCUGCUUUUGGCUCUGUUCAGAGAAGUCACCUGUCUCUAUAGAGCAGCCAAUCCCAACCUUCGUCCUAACUCGGAGUUUUGUCAAGCACUGGUGGAUUUCAUCCAGGCCUCAACGGUUCUUGCAAGCCAAAAUGUGAAGGAAUUCGCCCUGGACCUGGUAGCCAACCGGCUGGGUCCCCUGACUGUCCAGAAUGGGGCCUCUGGUGCCCAGUGGGUGGUGGUGGAGCUGGCCAUCCACUUGUCUGCAGUGCUGCUCUGUGGGAACCAGGGCCUACUGGGACCCCUCCAGCAGCUGGCGCUUUUCCCUGCUAACAUGCAGGUAGCCUUCAUACCCACCAUGCCGGAGGAUAUGCUUGCAGUUGUACGCCAAGCCAUUACAGGGAUGACGUGGUACAAUUGUCCGAAUGGUCACCCUUGCGCCAUUGGUGAGUGUGGCAAGCCCAUGGAGACGAGCCGUUGUGUGGACUGUGGAGCUGAGAUCGGAGGGCGCAGCCACAAUCCUGUCACGGGCUUCACUACUGCUCGGAUCCGGGGUGACAGUACUGAGACUGGCCACGUCCUGGGAGACCCUGGGCGGAGGGACCACCCAGACAUGCAGGACACAAAGAACAUGUCCUCUGUUCCUUUCAACCUGGUCCGGCUUCUCACCCACAUAGCCAUGCUACUAGGAGCCAGAAGUAACCCACAGGCCAUUGCUGCUAUCAUCAAGCCCCAAGUCCCUGACCCCCCCAGUUUGUUCCUCAUGGGUCACCUGCUGAAAGACAUGGAACACGUGACUAGGUUUAUAGGGAAGGGGAGAGAUGACACAGUCAAUGCCAUCCACCUGAUGAUCAGUAGCCUACUGAAGCCUCAGCGUCGUGGUUGUGCUGAUAAUCAUCUCUCUACCAAAGAGGCCAGAAAUGACUGGGAGAUUACAGUCGGUAAUGAAAUAAUCUCCCCUCAGCUGAAGGACCUGGACCGGCGGCUGCAAGAGGUGAACGCCUUCAUCAGGGAUGACUCAAGGUUGUCCUCCAACCCUAUCAUGAGGGUGUUGUCUCCGGAGCCACGCCUGUUCCUGACCUCGCUGCCCCACAACUCCCAGAUCCACAGCCCAGCGGUGUGGAACUGCAGGGAGAGGGUGUCCCUGCUCAGCCUCACCCGCAUUGUGGAGCAGAAUGACGGAGAAAACACCCUGCCAGUGCUCUGGAGGUUCCUGCACAAGGAGGCAGAGCUGCGGUUGCUGAAGUUCAUCACUGACAUCCUGGAACUACAGAGAAAUCUGGUGAAGACGUGUCGGAACGUGACUGAUCUGUCCCACGGCACCAUUGCCAAAUUCCUCCAGAGACAGGAAUCAGUUCCACUGAGAGCCUGGCAUGAGAAACGGAUCAACAUCUUCCUGACAACAUGGAAUCAGCUUCGGGGCUCGCUGGCAACCAAUGGAGAGAUUAAGAUCCCUGUUGAGUUCUGCCGGAAGGAUCUGGACAUGACCAGUGACUUCCAGGUCCUGUUGCCACGGCGUCACGGUCCUGGUCUCUGCUCCACAGCCCUGGUCAGCUACCUCAUCGCCCUGCAGAACGAGCUGGUCUACUGUGUGGACAAGCACCUUGGAGAGGAGACUAGCUUUAAAGUGAGCCCGGCGGACCUAACGGACCUGCAUGUGAUUCAAUAUGAUCUGGAGAGGGACCUGCUGCCGCUGGUCCUGUCCAACUGUCAGUACAGCAUGAAGCAAGGCAAGGAGACCCUGCACGAGUACGACCUGCCCAAGAUCCAGCAGCAGAUCCUCUCCCGCUUCUUGCAGGGCAGGCCCAUCAUCACCCUCAAUGGAAUCCCAACACUGGUGAACAGACAUGAUCGAAUUCAUGAAAUUAUUCUGAAGGACAUGAGAGGAAAGAUUGAACAAGUGCCUCUGCCCUCGCGGGCCCUAUCGACACUAGUUGGGGAGCUGAAGUCGUACAAUGAGGUGUGUGAGGCCCUCUCGACCGUGGAGGUGGCCCUGGGGUUCCUGGCUAUGACCGGGGGAGAACCACACAUGCAGCUGGGCAGCUACCUGGAGGAGGUGCUGCAGAUGGGAGAUCAAACAGCUCCACACAUCCUAACGGCCCUGGGCAGAUACUAUCUGAAGCACUGUUUGGCACUGUGGCAGCUCCUGACAUCACUCAAAUCAGAAAACAUGCUGUGGCUCAAGAGGGACCCAUUUGAAGGGAUCUCAGAAGAGUACAGGAAGGCCCUGGGAGAGGAGGAGCACAGGCUGCUCACUGGGUUCUUUAAUAAAACCGGCACUGAUUCCAUCCUGCUGGAGAUGCACGAGUUCCUGAUACUGGUCCUGAAGGGUCCCCGCGCAUCUGACACCUACAGGCCUGACUGGGGUCUGAAAGACACACUUGUGGCCUACAUGGAACGUAAGAACCUGGACAUGCCACCUGAUGUCGAGGAGUUCUUCCCUGAAGAGAUCGAACUGUCUCAGUACAUCGAAGCCUGGAAGUUUGCGGUGGCAUUGAAACGGGAGAGGAGUCAGAGGUAGCUCCAACCUCUCACACUCACGCUCAUUGAUUUAAUAUGCAAUGGAGAAGAAGGGGGAAAAAAACAGCAAAUGUAAACACAUCUGGGAGCCCCCUCGUCAUUAGUGAAGGAAGGUACAAAGCUGCAGUUACUGUCUCCUAGCGGUCUAAACGGCUGCCUCCAGAACACAUAUGCCUCUGCAGCAUGGGUUCCAAUCCGGCACAAUGAUAUCUCAGCAAAAAACUCUCUAUACUAUCUUUCCCACUGUCUCUCCUCUAUCCAAUAAAACAUAUAUUUUUUUAAAUGAUUAAAAAAAAGAUAUACCUUUUUUUAAAGCUGCGGUUACUAGGAAAGGAUAAGAGCAAUAGUAAAGUGAAUACGUGAAUUUUGUUUCGCCGUAAGUUGGUUAGCUAGCCAGAGUUAUGUGCAUUUUAUUUACAGCUAUCUACCACUCGUACUCGCUUUUCUUCAUGCCUCCAAAAUGCUGAGACUCUAGUUAUGUCAAGGUUCUGACAAUGGAAGAACAGGUGAUGGCAUUCCAGGCCUUUACAUUUUUUGAUUUUAUGUUAAAAAAAUAUAUAAUAAUUGGGGGAAUAAUUACUUUUAUUAGAUUUACUUUAACUUCAAUUAAAUGUAGGUUGGUUAGGCCUACUGUCAUCAUAGUUUCUGACACAUCACUAGCUUUUAAAUGUGUAAUAAGUACAUUAAACACAAGAAUCGGGAACAUUGUCAGUGAAGAGUUGUGAAAAUAUGUAGUAAGGAAAAUGCAUAGAGUUAGAUAGAGGACUCAUCUUUGUAUUUGUGCCAUUGUAGUGUCUGUAACAGCCUCAAUGGCACUGCCCAUUCUAUCUCCAAUUUUGAAGUAGUCAAUUUUCUUAUUUUUUUGUGUUUAAAAAAAACAUAUAUAUAUAUACACAAAUAUUGGUGGUUUACUGGCACCAGCAGUGUUGAAGUCUUAAACUAAAUGAUGUGUGUUAUUCCAGUUGACUAUUUAAAAAUUGUGGAAGCCUUAAAUAUCAAUCUUAAAAAGGGUUAUAUCUAUUUAGAGUCCUCUAACUUACUAUGGUAAAAUGUCAGCAACAAAACAUGUACCAGUUACACCUCCGACAUCGCAAUGAUAUGCUAUGCAGUUUAAUGUAGAUCUGAUUAAAUCUAGAUGAUAUGCAGUUUAAUGUAGAUCUGAUUAAAUCUAGAUGAUAUGCAGUUUAAUGUAGAUCUGAUUAAAUCUAGAUGAUAUGCAGUUUAAUGUAGAUCUGAUUAAAUCUAGAUGAUAUGCAGUUUAAUGUAGAUCUGAUUAAAUCUAGAUGAUAUGCAGUUUAAUGUAGAUCUGAUUAAAUCUAGAUAUGCUAUGCAGUUUAAUGUAGAUCUGAUUAAAUCUAGAUGAUAUGCUAUGCAGUUUAAUGUAGAUCUGAUUAAAUCUAGAUAUGCUAUGCAGUUUAAUGUAGAUCUGAUUAAAUCUAGAUGAUAUGCUAUGCAGUUUAAUGUAGAUCUGAUUAAAUCUAGAUAUGCUAUGCAGUUUAAUGUAGAUCUGAUUAAAUCUAGAUGAUAUGCUAUGCAGUUUAAUGUAGAUCUGAUUUAAAUCUAGGCCCUAGUCUAGACUUGAAGUAUAGUAAAUUGUCAGUUUGUUCAUUUGGAAGUUAUUUUAUAUUGCAGUUGGGCAAUUGAUCAUGAAUCUCAAGGAUGAAAUUGGUUUGUGAAAAAUGUUAUUGUGCUUAUUAAAACAAUGAUUGAAACAAAAAA